UUUAUAUGAUUGUGUCCUAUUUAGAUAGUUUCUCUUCUGUUCUCUCCGACUCCGAUUACGGUUACUAACCAUCUCUCUCUCUCUCUCGUGCUCUGUCUUCCAGUUCAGUCCAGUGCCACACUCUCUCUUCUCUUCUCUUCUCUUCUCUUCUCUUCUGCUAAAUGACCAAACAUUACUUUCUCAUGAAUCUCAAUAAUGCCAACUAAACCCCAAACACCAACAUUCCCUCUCUCCAUUUUCUCUCACACCUUCCUCGCAGAUCCUCCUUUCCUCUACCAUGGGGAAGAAAGGAACCGGCUGGUUCUCCUCCGUCAAGAAAGUUUUCAAGUCCUCUUCUAAAGACUCUCCCGACAAAAAGAAAGACAACAAGGAAAAGGAUGAGCAAUGGCAGCGUGAAGCGCCAGAGGAGGUGUCUGUGGAGCAUUUUCCUGCAGAGAGUUCUCCAGAUGUUACCAAUGAAGAGAGUGCCACAUCAACGCCAGUGACUGAAGAUAGAAAUCAUGUCGUUGCCUUUGCAGCGGCAACUGCAGCCGCUGCUGAAGCUGCGGUGGGGGCUGGUCAAGCAGCCGCCAGAGUUGUGAGAUUGGCAGGUUAUGGACGCCAUUCCAAGGAAGAGAGAGCUGCAAUACUCAUUCAAUCAUACUACAGAGGCUACCUUGCUCGACGUGCACUGCGGGCUCUGAAGGGGUUAGUGAGGCUGCAAGCGCUUGUGAGGGGACACAAUGUGCGAAAGCAAGCACAGAUGACAAUGCGAUGCAUGCAUGCAUUAGUCCGAGUGCAGACUAGAGUGAGAGCUCGUAGAAUCCAGCUGACUCAGGAGAAGCUUCAGAGCAGAGUUGAGGAGCAGGUCCAAAAAGAGCUAGAGGAACAUGAAUCCAAGCUUUUGAGCCCCAUCAAAAUGUUAGAUAUGGAUGGUUGGGACAAUAGGCGCCAAAGUAGACAGCAAAUUAAGGAAAAUGAUUUGAGGAAACAUGAAGCAGCAAUGAAGAGAGAAAGAGCUCUUGCUUACGCUUUCAACUGCCAGCAACAGAUGAAGCAAUACAUGCAGGUAGACCCAAAUGGUGAGGAAAUUGGAAGCUAUACCAAUGAGCGUGAAAGAGCCCAAUUGGAUUGGAACUGGUUGGAACGUUGGAUGUCAUCACAAUCACACAACUUAAGGCACUUUGGGUCACGUGAGACCCUUUACAGGACUCUUGCUUCUACUACAGCCACUUCUGUCACUGAUGACAUGUCUGAAGAAAAGACAGUUGAAAUGGACAUGGCUGCAGCUCUGGACUCAACUCAUGCUAACAUGGGCCUCGUCCACCAAGAGUCUUUUGACACAAGCCCAAUCUCCAAUAGGUACCACCAGCGCAACCACAGUGCAGGUGUACCUAGCUACAUGGCCCCUACCCAGUCUACAAAGGCCAAGACUCGGAAUCAAGGCCCGUUUAAGCAACGGGGCUCACCUGGGCCUCACUGGAACUCAUCCACCAGGAGAAGUUUUGCCAUUGGGUUGGGCUGUGACUCAUCUAGCACUGGUGGGGCCUCUGCAGCUCCUGUGUUCCCAAGGAGCCCAAACCCAAAAAUUAACGAGAUUCGCCUCCAAUCUAGACGGAUAUCUGGCGGCAGCCCAGAUAAUAUUGGCAUUGAGGAUUGGGCCCUUCCCCUUGGAGCCAAUGGUUGGGCUUGACUAGAUUAAUUAAUUAAUUUUUCUUAAUAUUAUAAUAAUAGCAUGUUUUAAUGGUUUGAACUUUGGUCAUCGACAUGCAAUGGUGCUUACUAUUUAAGGACAGUUUAAUAUGUUUUGGUGUUGUGUCAUGAACAACAAUA